AUGGGGCAGACCAUGGGCUGCUGCAGCUGCGGCCCGAGGACGGACGCGCUGGCGACGCCGUACGACGCGAAGGGCAUCCUGCUGCCCCAAGUCGAAGAUGACAGCUGGAAGAAGCACCACGUCAGCGGGUACACGGCGGCGAUGCUUGCGGAAGAUCAAUCGUACACGCCGCCGCGCUAUGUGGGCCAGUACCAGUAG